UCCAGAGCCCCGCCUGGCCGUGCGGCGCUGCGGGCUGCCCGAGGCCUGGAGGGCUCCGAGGCGCCGUCCGAGGUCUCGGCGCCCUGAGGCGGGGAAGGCGCCCGACGCCCCCCAGCCUCCACCGCCGCCUCCUCCGGGCGGGCGGCCUCUCGGCGCCUCCCCCCCUCCCUCCUUCCCUGCGGCUCCCCCGGCUUUCGGGAGCCCGGGGGCGGCCUGUGGCGCGGAGCCCGCGUCGGACUGCGACUCCUGGGACCUUGAGGGGAAGCAUGCGUUUGGCUUGGAUGGUUUUGAAUUCUUAGUUUGGGAUCCCCGCCCGCCUGCCUCUUCCGCCCCGCAGGUUUUUGGUGUUUUUUUUUGUCGUCCUCCCCCUUUUUUCUUCUCCCUUUCCCCCCCACCCUCACCGUCUCCUUUUUUGACUCCCCGUCCGUUUAUGCUGGCCCAGCCCUCCCCUCGCCGCUGAGAAGUGGGGGAGGGUCUCGGCCUCCAGGUUCCCGCCCCAUCGGGGCCCGGGCUAGGAUGGGGGGCAAGCAGAGCACAGCCGCCCGCUCCCGGGGCCCCUUCCCGGGGGUCUCCACCGAUGACAGCGCCGUGCCGUCGCCGGGAGGGGCGCCCCACUUCGGGCAUUACCGAGCGGGCGGCGGGGCCAUGGGGCUGCGCAGCCGCUCCGUCAGCUCCGUGGCGGGCAUGGGCAUGGACCCCAGCACCGCCGGAGGGGUGCCCUUUGGCCUCUACACCGCCGCCUCGCGGGGGACCGGCGACUCCGAGAGGGCGCCUGGCGGCGGAGGGUCCGCGUCCGACUCCACCUAUGCCCACGGCAAUGGUUACCAGGAGACAGGCGGCGGUCACCAUAGAGACGGGAUGCUGUACCUGGGCUCCCGAGCCUCGCUGGCGGAUGCUCUACCUCUGCACAUCGCACCCCGGUGGUUCAGCUCGCACAGCGGUUUCAAGUGCCCCAUCUGCUCCAAGUCCGUGGCAUCUGACGAGAUGGAAAUGCACUUUAUCAUGUGUCUGAGCAAACCACGCCUCUCCUACAAUGAUGACGUGCUGACUAAGGACGCAGGCGAGUGUGUGAUCUGCCUGGAAGAGCUGCUUCAGGGAGACACGAUAGCCAGGCUGCCUUGCCUGUGCAUUUAUCACAAAAGCUGCAUAGAUUCGUGGUUUGAAGUGAACAGAUCUUGUCCGGAACACCCCGCGGACUGACCCUGCCGGGCAUGCUCACUGACUCCUCUCAAAGGUUUAUUGUAUUUAUUCCACGUAAACUCCUGAACAGCUGAUGAUGUCAGACAAAUCAGGGACAUUUGCUCUUUUUACCUUCACUUCAAACCCUGACCACCUGGGAGCAGACAGCUGCCAGGGUGAGAGGAGGCAAGGGGGAGUGAGUGGAGCCCGGCGCUGGACUGCAAGCCCCAAUUCCCGGCAUGAUGUUUGGCUCCAGGGGCCUCCCCACCAACCGGAAGACGGGAACCGCAGACGCACGCCCGCCCCAGCGGGAUGGCACGAGGCGGCCCUCCGGCCAGAGGGAGCACGACUUAUUUAUUGCGAUCCACUUGGGGACAGACUGGCCCCGUGCCAGGAGGCUCACCGGACAUUGGAGCAGAGCUGAGCUUGGGACCCCAGUGGGGACAGGGUCCACCCCUCCCGCGUUGACUGGAGAAUGACUCUCCCUCUCCCCUACCCGACCCCCAGGACACCCCAUAGGACGAGCAAGUGUGAGAAGGCUCCGACCGCCCCUCGCCCCAGGAGGGGAAGGGCCCUUUCUUCUUGGCUCACCUCGGAAAGGCGCCGUGGGUCUGUCUUUAACGUGUUUACAAAAAAAAAAAUUAUAAAAAAAGUCUAGUGUCGACUGGUGUUUUUCCUCGUGAUGUUUACAGAUUGCUGCCCAACUAUCACCCACUCAGUGACAGAAGAGCCGGGCCCAGGGCACCCACUGUGCACACACCACAGCCCUGGCCCGCCCUGGGUUUGUUCCUUUUCUGUUUCCCUCCCUCCCGCUCCGCGAUCCCCUCUCGGUCUAGGUCAGCUCCAAGCUCCGAGCCCUCACAAGUGUCCCAUAAGAACGCCAGGCAUUUGUCUCAGGCUCUGUGGACUCCACUUCCCCCCAUCAGAAACUAAAAACAAGGGGGGUGGGGGGGGAGAUGCAGACUUAGUUAACCAAGCUCCCCAGCCUCAGCCUCUCCGUUUCCAGGCGACUCUGAGAACCUUUUAGCCAUUGCCGUUCAUGUGGCACCAGCCGUGCCAUAUAGGUUUCUGUAUUUAUAUAUUAAAGAAAGAAAAAAACUUAUAAAAUGUAAAAAAAAUGUUCAGAGCUUGGGAGAAGCUUUCUUCAUUAGUCAAGGUGUUUUGAUAUGGUAUUAAAAUCAUGUCUGA